AUGGCGUACUUUUCCGCUCUUCUGCUGCACCUGCGAUUGAUUCGUGAUGGGCUGCUGUGGCAGACGGGUGCACGGCCCUUGGAUCUGUACCUUCGCGGGGAUCUUAUCCAGCUGCAGCUUGUUGCAGAUCUAUUGCGUGCAACCCGUAACCCUUGCUCCUACCGAUCUUCGAAUUCCAAUGGGUUAGGCAGAACCACAUGGAUCAGCAAUCGCGAGUCGCAUGCUGCACACUACAUGGACAAGCGGGCCAGUGCGGUCAUGAUGGCGUACCUGAUAUUGUGCAAGCCGCUGGAGGAGUUGUUUGCUGAUUACUUGCAAGAUCGAGACGAAUUGAUCACGUCUGAGGCAAUAGAUCCCAAUUCUUUGACGGAAGAAGAGCAAGAUGAGCUCGAGGCAGACGCGAUGGAGGACGAAGAUUCGAUUGAGCCCAACACCGUUGGCUCUGUUGACGACCAGCACGACGAUCUACGAGCGGCCAAGCGUGUCGCACAGGAGGGCACGUAUGAGCUGCUGUUCAACAUUGCGCCAAUGCAGCUCGAAAAACAGCUUCGGCCAGGCCAAGUCUACCGAACCAUCCAGGCCGUGACCAAGCGGUUUCUUGGAACCAGCAUCACUGUCAGCGCAUGGCGGCACAUGAGUGUGGCUUGGCUGCGUACACUGGUGUUGCAUCAUACGCCCGAGCCUUCAUUGGGGGCGUUGAAUGUGGCACACUCUCAAAGCCAGCAUGCAGGCAGGACGGCACGGAAUGUCUAUGGCCGCACGCAGCUCGAUCACAAGUUUGUGUCCAGUGAAGCACAGUACGGCCACCAGUUUGUGUCUGAGGAAUGGCACAAGCUCAUGAAGCUGGUAGACGCAGAGGAUCAGAUCCAAGCCAAGACCGUGAAUGGACAGACCUGCGUGCAACAAGUGGUUCAUAAACAGGUGGUCAUCCAGUCGUCUCGGGUCAGGAACGCCAGCACACAGGUGCAAGAGACAGUGGGCACGCAAACAGAUCUCGAGGUUGAAGCCUGCGGCGACAAGGACGUGGAUGAUGAAUUGGUAGACAUGCUAAAGGCGACAGCCCUGACCCAUUUAUCAAAACGAUGCUUAAGAACGAAUUUCGUGUUGGUGCUUGCCAGACGUUGCCCUGCGGUACUCAAUGCCACCGUGCCUCUGAGGGCGGGCCUGGACGCUGAAAUGACCAAGAAAGAGCUGGUUGAGCCCCUCACAUCCCUGUGGCUGGCCCUGGUGGAGGUGGAGCUGAGCCUCUUUGACAACGACAAGGUGCACUUUGUCAACGUCUUCUUAUUGUGCACGGCCAUGUCCAAAGGAAGCGGCAUCCUGCAAGACAUCAGGCAGUGGACCACGACGCCCGCUGGACUGCUCCAGCGCAUGAGCAUGGCACGAACAGCGAGCGUGGCCGAGGGGCAGGCUGGAGUCGACGUCGAGGUCCGAGCCGAUGGCGACGUGACGGACGAGACGCUGCGCACCAUUGUCUGUCGAGGCAUUGAGCUCAAUGUGGAGGAGCUCGGGGCUGCAUUGGAGCAGAUGCGCAAAGACAUGACGGAAACUUUGGACAAGCACCUCUUGCUGGACUCACGCCUGCGGAAAGAUUACGAGAAAGAAUAUGAGCGGCUGCGAUUGAAGGAGGAUCGGACCAACAGGGUCAAGAACUGGUGGGUGGGCCAUGGCAGUCCAGCCGAGAACGCGCUGUUUGAUCACAUUGGCCAGACCCUGAGUCUGCGGCAAGAGUUUAUCCAAACCGAGCAUGGGCCCAGUGGCGAGCUGACCUUUCGAGAGGACAGGGUACGGGUAUGGCUCCUCUAUGUGUGCAGGUUCAACGAGCUAGCACUCACCUACACGCACAUUGCCGGAGGUCUGCCGCCACGAGCCUCUGUGUAUCAAGGGCUGUCCUACAAAAACGGCGUGGGCCGGCAACGAGCCGCGUUUUUUGCCGAGAAGCAGCUCUCCAUAUUGACCCGCGUGAGCAAGACCUACUGGCUGUCCCUGAACGAACAGCACACCUUUCGAUACAUGGACCAGGAAAUCAGCACGCUGAUAUUCAUGUAUUUGCUGCUGUGCAAGCCUCUGGAGCACAUGCUGAGCAGCUGGCUGCAAAAGCGGGGCGGGCUGAAAACCCCCGACGACGAGAAUGGCAUUCACAAUGCCGAGCAGGACGACGAAGAUUUGCUCGACGACGAGCUGGAUGAAGACCACAUGAGCCACGACGAGACGAUGACAUUGCGACGCGAGGUCCGGGACGCUCGAAACCACUACAACAACAGCCACCUGCUCUUCAACAUUGCGCCCCUGCAGACGAUGGUCAGCCCAGCUACCAUCUAUGCGGCAUUUCGUCGACAAAUGACCACGUACCUACAUCGGCCAAAGCUGGGGGUGGCCACGUGGCGACACGCCGCCACCUUCUGGAUGACGACGUUUGUGAUUAACCGACUGUCGGCCGAGACGACCAGGGCCCUGGGCAGCCUGAUCCACACUCAAGCUCAACACUCUGGGGACACGGCCCAGCGGGCCUAUGCGCGCACAGCCAGUGACCAUGUGCAAACCAAAAUGUCGUCGCGACUGAUGCAUCAAGUGGCCUCGCAAAAAUGGCAUGCUUUGUUUGGACUAGAUCGCAAGCGCAGCAUAGCCGAGUUGACCGCGAACCAAGAAGCAUUGGAAGCUCGCUAUCCCAUCAGCUGGAACCCGGUGACUGACCUCUCGUCCGAAGCAAACGGGCGUAUCAUCAUGAACACGAGGGCCGAGCAUGACGUACCCUACAUGACCCAGCUGGCCAAGCAGGCGAGCAUCUCGUGGGGCCACAGUUUCAACAGCCAAGAACAGUUGGACCUGGCUGCGGCCAUUGACCAGCACCGGCCGGAGGAUGAAUGGCUGAUUGUUGUUGCCCCGACAGGCAUGGGUAAAAACAUUUUGUACCCUGCCCAAGCUGGGCUGUCGCCCGCAUGCCGGUACGGUGCUGUGGAUUGUGCCGUGGCAGAUGGCCUGGACGUGCUCAUCGUUACGACCGACAUGUUUGUCCGCGUGGGAUCUGAAUCGCUACACGGAAAGGUCUGCUUUCAGCGCAUCCGCACCGUGGUGAUGGACGAGGCGCACACGCUCAUCUCGGAUGCCAGCUACCGAGAUGUGAUGGACGAAGUCGCAGCCAGUGUGGGUUCUGGCGGAUGGACCAACAUCAAACGCGUGGCGUUGACGGGCACACUUUGCAUCGGGGACCAGGAGCAUCUGUUUCGAAAGCUGGGUCAGCAAGUCGGGGGCAAGGUGUACCGUCUAGAGACGAUGCGUCGCGAUCUGCAGCUGCGUGUGCUUCACGGAAACCAGCCAAACUUUUUGUCGCAUGUGCAAGCCAUUGUGGACACGCAGCGGAUGAUGCGUCAGGCGAAUGGGGAGCGUGUGCACAUGAUGGUCUUUUGUGACACCGUGAACGAGCAAGAGGCGCGAGGCUCGGUGCAAACCAACGUUGGCAGAGGGCGAGAGCACGCCACAGCCAGUCGUGCAGUCAGCAGCACAGCCAACCCCCACGAAACACGCGCCAACCCCGUCGGCCUCGAUCAUUUGCGUGCCAGUACCAUCGGCCUCGGGUUCAACCUCGUCUCCGGCGCGAUCGGCUGCAAGCUCAGCCUCGGGUACACUGCGGCCCCUGCUCCCUCAACAUCCAAGCGAACGGCAUCGGAUGUCACGUGCACAGCUGCUGCUUCUUCAACAGCGGCGCAAGCAGCAGAGUCGCAUCUUCCCGCAGCAAAACGAGCAGCAUCGAGUGAUGCGCGCACCGCCACCGUUGCCGCUACUGCUACCACUUGCUCUGAAGCCACGGUAUCUGCUGCGGCUACGCCUUCGAAUCGGCACAACGUCGCGCCAAUAUUUCGGCCGAAAUCGGGGACAGAAAAAAAAUAUCUGAUGAACUACGCGGCGGCUGACAAGUUUAUUGGCGUUCUGAAGUUGAUGGAUGAUUAUUGCAUGCGAUGUACUAUUCGACAGGCGAAACCCGUCCUGAAGGCCGAGCAUCAAUGCGUAUCUAAUCGUGGUUGCAAGCGGUGUCACUUCGGAGGACACGAGACAAGUGAAUGUUUCGUGGGCUUCGCAUAUCCCAAAUGGACGUGCUGCUACGCUUGUGGAAUGCCAAAGGGGAUUCGUGGAUGGGAUACACGGAAUCACCGUUGCGGGCAGUCUCAAGGACUGGAUUCGGGCCUGAGCUGUCUCCUCCUUUAUUCGGACUGUCAUUCGGGGCUGCGCGACCUGGCAAAACGGAUGGGCUACAACUUGAGGGUACAGACAUUGAAGGAUUUAAAAACGCGCGACUUGUUUGUCAAGUGGCUGUACUCGCCCGUUCCUGGUCUACCUCCAGGGGAUGGGCAUUGGCGUCUUGUGGAAUUUGUGUUUGAAAGUGCGAGGAUCCUGCUCCGCAGUGCGGCGAAAGCCCAAGUCGGCCCCGACAGUUUUCGCUAA